AUGACAGAAGACAAUUGUUUCGUUUAUGCUUGCAUUCAGGCUGGAGUAAAUGAAGAAACUAUUGACCACAUGAGAGAAGUCAUUCGUGUUAGAGACUUUCCUCAAAGUAAAGUACAAGAAAUUUCUGACGCAACAGAUAUAGCAUUUAAUGUUACCAUUGGUUAUUUCAAUGACUCAAGACAUAAUGAAAUAAAGAGAUACAUACCAAAAGAAUGUAAAACUGUUCGAACUAUUGACUUACUUCUUGUUGAAGACCACUACAUGCUAAAUGAAAGACUUCCAAUGACAACAUAUUUCAUUCGCAACUAUAUAGAAAUCUUGAAGGAGUGUAGUGGAAUGAACAUUGAGAAACAGAUGAAGAUUUAUACAAAGAGAGAAGAUAAAUAUGUAGUUCGCAUGGAUAGAACUACACCGCUAUGGGAUGUUAUGAAAACAUUGUGGGAGUGCAAAUAUUUCGAACCUAUUUCUUAUGGAGAACUUUUCACAUAUACGACUGACUUAUAUAAACAGAACCUUGCACCAUUUAAAGAUUUGACAUAUGCUCCAAAGUAUUGUGUACAACUGAAGAAGAAAGCAGAGUCAAAAGAAGUAAAUAAAGCUAAAUGUAAGUUCAUUCCUGAGCAUGUUUUCUUUGCUGACUUUGAGUGUAGCACAGACGGCUUUCAUAAAGCUUUUAACAUCUGUUACGACAGUGAAGAUGGUUCAGUGAGUGAAAGCAUUUGGGGUCAGAACUGUGCAACAGAAUUUUUGGAACGACUUCCUGACAAGAGUUUAAUAUAUUUCCAUAACCUCAGUUAUGAUAUAAACUUCAUCUUAAGACACAUGACAGAAGUGAAAGGAACUCCCAUCAUUAAAGGUUCACGAACAAUGCAAAUAACUGGCUUAUAUAAAGGAAGGGCAAUUAUUAUAAAAGACUCUUACAGUGUUAUAAAUAAGAAGCUUAAACUAUUUCCUGCUAUGUUUAACUUACAAACAGGACCGAAAGAAGUAUUUCCAUAUAACUACUACAGCAGUGUUUUGUUAGCAAAUGACAACAGAACUGGUGUCAUUUCUGAAGCAUGUAAGUUUAUCCGGGAUGCAGAUACAUUUAUGAAAAACAUAGAUUCCAUCAAAGGUUGCAGAAUAGAUGAAAACCAUUUCGACUUAGAAAAAUAUAGCACGUUUUACUGCAAACAAGAUGUAAGAAUUUUAAGAGAAGGUUUUGUUAAGUUCCGCAAUGACAUAUUGA